AUGAAUACUAGCGGCAGGUCUCAUUCCAAAGGUCCGAUUAUAAGGUCAGUAUCAUUAGAAGAUUUAAAGAGGAACUCAAGUUUCAAAAACACUUUGAAGUACAAAGAUGAUGUACCCGCACAUAAAGAACCACAAACCAGCGCAGUAAGUAACGAAGAACUGCUGAAAGAUUUGGAUAACAUGUUGCGCAACAAGCUUAAUAUGGGAAGAAACGCCUUUCAUGCCGAUAAAAGAAACAAAUCAGAUAGUAAUAUCAGUGCCUUAAAUUUUAAAGCAAGAUCUGGUCUUGAUGGAGACUUUCGCACUAUAGACACAGAGCAAGAUAAUGAUGACGAUGAUGACGAUGAUGCUGAUGAUGACGAUGAUGAUAGUAAUGCUAAUGAUUUUAAAUUGGGUGCAGAUGGCGCUAAUAAAGAUGAGGACGAGGAGAAAGUUAACAACACUGACAAUGCCGUUGAAUUUCAAGACGAUGCUGAAGAAGCUGAAGAAGAGAAUGAAGAUGAGUCGUUUGCUAAUGUUGAUGAACUUGAUGGCUUUGAUUUAAAUAAAGCUGCGGAUAAUAAGCACGCUCCUGUAAAUGAAAAGGGUGAAAUUGAUUAUAAUAUGCCCGUUGACAAGGAGUUUCAAAAAUCACUCGACCAAUGUGCCGCUUCUCUUGAAGGGAGAGCAAGCGCUCCUUACGCAUUACAAAGAGCCGUGGAUUGGGAAUUGAAGAUGUUUUAUACCUUAGAGGACGAACUUUCAGAAUGGUUUUGUAGCUCCGACUAUAUUCAUUUUGGCCAAGCCCAGACACAAUUCAAACAAAAGAUAAACAACCCACGACUAUUUUUCGAUGAUGAGAACUACGCUGAAAGUGUAGUAAAACGUUUAAUUGAGGAUAUCCCCAACGUUUUGACACCGAAUUUACUAGCGUUGACGUACAUAUCUAUGGGGUGCUUUGCGUAUACAAGCAACAAAAAUCAGCAUACAAAGAUUAUACGGCGUAACAAUUUCAUGCUUGUUCCUUAUAUUCAAGAAAUCGUUCACGCUUUUAAGAAGAUUGCUAUAAAUUGUAGGGAUGAUACCAGAAAUUUGAAAAAGCAGACAAUCUUACUAUUUUACUCAUCAACAAUCCUCUAUUUUAUAUCCGCCAUUUGUAUCAAUGGAAGAGAUGAAAACCCAGAAGCUGUUGAGCAAGUUAUACAUGCAUUUGACAACAUGGAUUUGAUAGAGUUUUUAACCAAGUAUAUUGAAAGUUGGAGAUGGAAUAGUAGGUUAGCUAUGCGCAUAAGAAAUAUGAUUUUAUUGCUUUUCAAGCUUAUAGUUUUGCAAUUUGGUGAUGACUCGGUGUACAAAAAAACAAAAUCAGCCAUUUAUAAACUCCAUGGACUGAAAUACCCAUUAAAUCAUCCAGAAAAGUUAUCUAUUUCUCCAUUACAUUAUCAAGCAUUUAGGGAAGACAUAACUUCUCGUUUUCCCGACUAUAACAUGCCAUCUUCUCAUUUGCCUAAAGAUGUCGACAAAUCGGAGUCUUUAUCACAAUUUUUGGAAAUUCCUCGCCCAAAAUCAAAGAAUCCUCUAAAUAUGACGUUGAAUGUUCCUGAAAAGCAUAUAGCUACACCUGCGCCUUCGCCACCGACCUCCCCACAGUUAAUGCAUUUAGGGGAAGGUUCUAGGCCAAGAAAAUCUUUCCAGACAAAUAUGGCAUAUCCAUGUUUAUAUCCAUCUGAUAAUGAAGAACUUGAGGAUGAUAUCCUAGAAGAUAGAAUGGACCUCCAUUCCAACAAAACAUCUAAUAAUGACAUAAUUAUUCCGUUUAGCACGGAGGAAGCAGCCAAAAUAUUAAGUGACAACUUGGAAAUUAAGCUAAGUACGAAACAGCUUUGGCACGAGAGAGAUUUAUUUAUGAUAACAGAGCGCGGUUGGAAACUUCAAUCAGAAAACGAACCAUACAAUUACUCUACCUUCGAUAUCGACAGCAAUUCUUCAAAAAAGGAAAGAGAUGCUAUUCGCAUCAUGCAAAGAAUUGACAAAUACUAUAAAGGCUGUCUUUCGAGCUUCAAUUCUCUUGUUUUCGUACUACUACAAACAAUGGAAUCAAGCUUAACAAACAACUUUCACAGAAAAACUGAGGUUUCCGACAAAAAUCUAUUAAGUAUGUUAGCACCUCAACUGGAGAUUGUAAGAGCUAAGGAAUUAUCCCUAAAGUCGGCUGCUGGAAUACUACACGCAUUAUUAAAGUGGUUUAAACUAAGCCAUAUUUUGAAGUUUGAACAUCUGUCAGUAGUUAUUCACGAUUCGCGAUACAUUAACACAUGUGCGUCUAUUUUAAGCAAAUAUUCUGAAAUUUAUUCUGAAAAGGUUUUCAAUAAAUAUGUGCAAACUCCUAAUUCAUUUUGGAAAGAAUGUUCUUUGCAUAACGAAUUGUAUCGUGAAUCUUACGGAACGGAAGACUCGAAAGAGAUCAACACAGAGGUGCUUCCAUCUUUUGCAUAUCUUUUAAGGAUCUUGAGAAAAAUCACAGGAAAUAAAACGCAAAGAUUAAAGGAACUGCCCUUAUCCAUUGGAAUUUUAUUCAAACGCUACUAUCGACUUUUCAACCUUGACAUGUACCAUCCGAUAUUGAAGAUAACAAGAGAACUCACACCUUUUAAAAAUAAGAGGUGGAAGUCAGAACACAUGGAAUUGAUAUCCGGUGUUUAUCUUUACGAAAAGUUGGAAUUGACAGACAACUGGGUAACAGGUAAGGAUAUAUCUGGGGAGUUGAGCGAUGCUUGCGGACAGGAAAUUGCGCUCAGAGCCUUACUUCAGUUUUACAAUUUCCAACAUUAUGAAAUCUCCAUGGAAGAUCUUGGAUAUGGACACCGUAACAAUUCUAGUCAGGAUCUCUUAAAUAAGGAAUCUGAGUACUUGAAUAUUUAG